AUGAAUCUCUCAAGGAUGAUUUUCAAAGCGCCUCUGAUACUACUCUGGAAUCUCCUCCUUGCAUCGGCGGAGGUGACCACGCAGACAAGCUACUCCUGGACCCAGUACGACCCUUCGUGUGUCAUGAUGCAGACUGUUACAGACCCGGACCGACCAGACUUCGAGGCACAAUCCUGCACAGGUUAUGUCUUCCACGGAAGCAGCACACGCAGUGAUGGCAGCAUUCGAGACUGCUACUCCGCCGAAUUAGCUUGCUAUAUCCCGAACCCUAGCACAGACGGACUUGGGGUGUUCGGAGACACUGUUGUCGGCAGAGCAACUUUUGGUUAUGAAGACAAGACGUACGACAUGGAAGCCACUAUCCGACAUUCGAUUGAUGACUGGCGUGACGACAAUGAAUGGAUGUGCACGGAUAAUAAGUGGGAUGUCCCUUGGGGUAUCACCGUUUACUUCCCCUGA